AUGACGUCAGUCGCGGGCUACUUCGGGAUGAACCUCAACUCGUACAUACAGGAGGAGCCCGUCUAUUUCAACCUGGUGACUGGUGUGUCGACCGCCGGCGCUUUCGUCUUCUUCGUAUCCUUCGUGGUCAUCCUCUGGAAGAAGGGCCUGCUCGUGCUGUGA